UCCUCGGCAUGUCCCGGGGGGUUCAAACAGUUCGGCAUGUCGUGCUACGCCUACCUGGAUCACAAGGAGACCUGGGCCGAUGCUCAGAGCAUAUGCAGGGCAUUGGGAGGGUUCGUGGCCGAGGUCUACAGCGACCAAGAGAACGAGUUCCUCAAGCAGAUGAUGAGAGACCACGGUUCCAAGACCAUCUGGCUGGGAGCUGACGAUUUGAUCAUUGAAGGGAAAUGGUACUGGGCUACCUCUGGCACCUCUGUGGAUGAGUACUCUGACUGGGCACCUGGCCAACCCGACUCGACCGCCUCUGGUGACGAGAACUGCAUGGAGUUCAACCUGGAGUCCUUUGGUGGUCAUUGGAACGACGAUCAGUGCGACCACCACCAGCGCUUCAUCUGCCAGAAGUACAUUACCGCUGACGUCAUUGGCUAGACGCCCUGAACUCGUGAUGGGCCUUGAUUUGACCUUGUUACGAGUGGUUGGAAUACUACUGUGCAAUCACCAAACGUGCAGCGAUUUUGUCUUUACUUUUGCGUAGAAGGAAUGAAAUUUAUAAAAAGACUGCACAUGCAUGCAUAAAUUCUUAUAGUACUUGUUAUGGUAAAAAUUGAGAUACUGGAGGUGGGGAUAGUUGUUCAUUAAAAAAAGAAAUAUUAAUAAUACAUAUCUCCGUAGGAGUAUUACUUUUUCA